ACAUUCAACUCGUAUCUCAAUCGGUUCGUGUUCGUCGAGUUCGCUGCUUUGUGAUUGUGCUUCUUGCACUGGCACUUGGCGCUAAGAUUCAAUUGAGCCAGAAUGCUCCGACUUUGCCGCGGAGCAGUCGGUCGCAAUAUGUGUUCUGCUCCGUCGUAGCCUCAAUAACGUUAAUACGCAGAUGAUAUACAAAUCCAAACUAAAACCAAAUAUAAAAUCAAAACAAAACAAAACAAAUUAAAAGCCACAACAUUUUAAUGUCACUAAUUUAGCAACAAGUGUUAAUCUUAAUGCAGAUAUAUGCACGUAUAUACUUUUGCGUAUAAAUAAUACAUUCAUUGGCUUGCCACAAACAAUUCAUAGACUAACGACGAUAUAUAAGUUAUUUAAAAAAUUAAAAAUAAAGGCGUGCCAGCCUCUGGCCACACAUAAACAACUAAAAUGGAAAACUAUGAAAAUCAUAUUAAAACUAAAAGAUCUCCAACGGUUUUUGGAUCUGCACUUGUUCCAGCUAACUCAAGUACUCCGUAUUCAGAUGCAACUCAAACAAAAAAACAUUCUCCUGGCCAUAUAAAAAGGCCAAUGAAUGCAUUCAUGGUCUGGAGUCAAAUGGAACGACGGAAAAUAUGCGAAAAAACGCCAGACUUGCAUAAUGCUGAAAUUUCCAAGGAACUAGGCAGACGAUGGCAGCUUUUAUCUAAGGACGAUAAACAGCCAUAUAUUAUCGAAGCAGAAAAGCUGCGAAAACUUCAUAUGAUAGAAUAUCCAAAUUAUAAAUAUAGGCCACAAAAAAAACAAUCAAGAUCGUCAGUCGUUUUAAAGCAAAAUCAGGAUAUAGAUAUCGAUGUUAAGCAGGAUUCACAGAAUCUGACGACACCUGUUGCAAUAAAUGGAACAUGUACUGCCGGUCGGAAAAACAAAAGAUCUACCUCUUCUUGUCAAUCUAGUGCGUUGUCAAAACGUCUAAAAAAUGAUUCAGGUGAUAAUGUAAAAUGUAAUAAUGACAUAAAGACCCCCUCCAGUACUUUUGAAGUUGUACUCCCACCGGAAAAGGAUUAUGUAAAUCUCCAGUCAGCCGAAUUUGUACAAACAAAUAAUCGAAUCGAUUGCGGUAUACAUUCGGGCGAUAGUAUUGUUAAACUGGAAAAUGUAUCGGAUAACAAUAAUGCCCUUAUCACACAAGAGAAUUUGUCAUUUCUUCAAUUCUUUGAUAAUCCGCAAAAAACUGAAGACGCAACUCUAGAAACGAACUUAUCGUGUAUUAGUCAGGGCGUUAGCCAACACGUCCAGCCAAAUUUUGGUGAUUGUCAGAAUAUUGGAGAGCCCGUAUUUGAUUCUGAAGAAAAUAUUGUGAACGAUGCAAAUUUGCAUUCGGCUAGCCAUCACAUAUCCCCCUAUGUGCCAGAUACGCAGGAGUGUUUUACAGAAGACUGUGGAUCCGAAAGUAUACCCCAUCAGCCAUUCUACGCAUUGCGGCCACAAACAGUUACAAUGAACAUUGAAAUUCAUAAUAGUCCAGUUACCUAUGGAGCGAAUACAUUCCAAAAUGAAGAAUUCAACCCAAUUCCAUCGACGACCGAAGACAGCGACUGUAGCAUCCUAACAUCUACACAUUCGCCACACAUUGGCUUUUGUAGUAGCAGUAUAGACAACAGUCUGGUGGAAUCUGAAGGUAUUACAAAUCCAUGUACAUAUUCUAACCAGGACUACAGCGGUAAUUUGAUUGGAGCAAAUAAUGAUCUCAACUACUCAGUACAUGAUAACGAUGGAGCUCUACUGGCUUAUACUUUUGAGGAUCUACCACCUCAACCAACUGGUAGUCAUCUAGAAUUUAAUACUAACAGAUAUGAGUUUUCAAGCGUAUACAAAAUGUGAGCUAUAGAAUGUGAGAAAUAUUUAAGCUUUGUGUAAUUUUUAAUAAUAUGUUUUUACGUUUAUAAUUAUACACCAAAAUAUAUACACAUAU